AGGCAGGCAGGCAGGCAGGCAGGGAGGCAGCAGGAGCCUCGGCUGCUGACUCGCCUAUCCAAGCGAUGCCCGCACGCCGCCGUGGGAGCCCCGCCAGGAGCGGGGACAGGCUGGGAUUUCACGCCCCGCACCGCUGCCAUCACCAUCCUCCUCCUCCUCUGUGAGCCCCGACCCACCGCUGCCCACCCCAGCCGGGGAGAUGGAGCUGCCCCGGGAGUGAUGCUGCUGGCGGGAGCCCAUGUGAUGCUGGGCUAGCGGCGCUCGCUCCCCGUCCCUCUCCCCGCUGCUCGCAGGCUGUCAUGGCGACUCCCAAUAAUGUUACUCCCACCAACUGCAGCUGGUGGCCCAUCUCGGCGCUGGAGAACGACGCGGGGAAAUCCACGGAAGGGGAGGAAAACCAGGACUCGACCGACCCUGCUCUCAAGUCCCAGGACAGGCUGGUUCUGUACCACUGGACCCAGUCCUUCAGCUCGCAGAAGGUGCGGUUGGUCAUUGCAGAGAAGGGGCUGCCCUGCGAGGAGCGGGACGUCAGCAUGCCCCUGAUGGAGCACAAGGAGCCCUGGUUCAUGCGGCUCAACCUGGGGGAGGAGGUGCCCGUCAUCAUCCACAGGGACAACAUCAUCAGCGAUUACAACCAGAUCAUUGACUACAUGGAGAAGAACUUCACGGGAGAAAACGUCACGCAGCUGAUCCCAGAGCCGGGCAGCCUCCUGCACUCGCGGGUGCUGCAGUACCGGGAGCUGCUGGACUCGCUCCCCAUGGAUGCCUACACACACGGCUGCAUCCUGCACCCCGAGCUCACCACCGACUCCAUGAUCCCAAAGUACGCCACCACUGAGAUCCGCAGGCAUUUAGCUAACGCCAGCACGGAGCUGAUGAAGCUGGACCACGAAGAGGAGCCACAGCUGUCAGAGCCCUACCUCUCCAAGCAGAAGAAGCUCAUGGCCAAGAUCCUGGAGCAUGACAAUGUGAACUACUUGAAGAAGAUCCUUGGUGAGCUGGGGAUGGUGCUAGAUCAGAUCGAGGCAGAGUUGGAGAAGAGGAAACUGGAAUAUCAAGGGCAGAAAUGUGAACUUUGGCUCUGUGGAUGCGUCUUUACUUUGGCCGAUGUCUUGUUAGGAGCCACCCUGCAUCGCCUCAAGUUCCUGGGACUCUCUAAGAAAUACUGGGAGGAUGGCAGCAGACCUAACCUACAGUCCUUCUUCGACAGGAUACAGAAACGCUUCGCCUUCAGGAAAGUUUUGGGAGAUAUACACACCACGCUCCUCUCUGCAGUGGUACCCAAUGCCUUCAGGCUGGUCAAGCGGAAACCUCCCUCCUUCUUCGGAGCCUCUUUCCUGAUGGGAUCUCUAGGGGGAAUGGGAUAUUUUGCGUAUUGGUACUUAAAGAAAAAAUACAUCUAGUGCUGGCU